CAUGAUUACAUUUAAGAAAUACUUGCCUGUGACUAUUUAUAUGUGGAUUUAUGGAUCCUCUUUCAUAUAUGCAGGAUCACUAUGGGGGACAAAAAAGGCCUUUACAAUCCGAUCCUGCAUUUGGCAGCUGAAUGAAAAUGUUGUCAUGCCCCCUUUAGAAGAACUGAGUGUUUGUGUCAACCUCAUGAGAGUGCUCACAACUUCUGAAUGGACUGCUUUUGACUAUAAAGGUCCAGGACAGCAGCAUGUGGAGCUCGGCUUGGCUGGAAACGGUGGCAAUUUACAAGCGUCCAUUUUUGGAAAAGAAUGGACAGUUGCAUAUGAUCUUGCCAAAAACAAGUGGCACAUGGUCUGUUUGACGUGGUCAAGGCACACCAGGCUUUUCCAGGUGAUUGUUAAUAAUAGGAGUUUUGAAUUUCCUUUGAAUGAAACGUCACCCGGAUAUCUUGCUGCAAACGGUACACUGAGUUUGGGGGUUUCCCAUAGUUUUGUUGGAGGAAAUAUUGUUUUUGAGACGGGGAAAAACUUCCUUGGGGAUAUGAGUUUGUUCAGGAUGUGGAAAGAGCAGAUGAGUGCAUUACAACUGGCUGAAUUUAGAUGUGUGGAUGGAAACAUUGUGACUUGGAGAACUCAAGACUGGGACUAUCAGAAAUGUCCACCAUUACCAGACAACAGCUUGAAGUGUGAAUCGUCUAAAUAUAAAAUUCAAAUGCAUUUAUCUAUUACGCAAAACACCAAUAACGACAACACUGAAAAUGAUAGCCAGGAGAUGGUUUUAAGCUGGCUGAAGUACAUCUUCCGUCCAAAAAUAAUCGUGCACUCUGUGUCGCUGUCAAAUAUAAGCCUUCAAACAAGAGCUGAUUUAACUGGUCAAAAAAUGGAAGCAAUUCAGGAAAAGCCAUGGAUUAAGACUCAAUGGUUUGAUUGUGUGGUGUUUGUGAGAGUGAUACCUGCAGAAGAAGUGAACAUAACAGUGUCUACAAUAAAAACACUGUUAAUUCCCAGCUACAGCUACAGCGCAGACAUCGUCCUGAUGACAAACCCAGUAUCUAUAAACAUCCUCUCAGUAGCUGUCCUUCCAAAUGUGACUUCGAGUCCUGCUGUGAGCACCAUCCUACCAGUUUUCUCUCAAACCACAAAGAUACCUGGCAUUGGAAGUACAAACAUUACAACAUUAGUCAUGUCAUCAUUACGAACACAGGCAAUGGAUAAAAUCUGUUUAAUCUCUUCACGCUUCACUUCAAGUAAAGAAUUUGGAGAUAUUUUUUAUAGAGUCAACCUCAAUAUAACAAUGAAUGGAAGUAUCACAGACCCUAAACACACUAUAGAGCAAUGGCUUCAGGAAACACUGCAGAAAUGCAGAAUGGAUGUCUGGAACAUUGUGAUAAAAGGAGCUCCGAAGUACAUGACUACUUUUCAGGUUCAAGCAUUGGCACCAGUGAAUGAAACUGCAACAGAGAAAAUGAUUUUUGAGCUCUUAACACAAGGAUAUACUAAUGCUUCCAUAGCAAUCAGUGUCCCGACUGAUGAAGUCAACAUUACCCAAAUAGAUCCAGGUCUUUGUCCAGAAGAAGCUAUGCUCACAGUUUAUGGUAUAUACAUGUGGCCCAGCAUGACAGCUCAAAGCCAGUACGAACUCACGUGUGUGAAAGGGAAUGAAAGUGCUACGAGAUUUUGUAAAUUAAACGGAGCCACUGACAAAGCUAUUUGGGAGGCGCCAGAUAUGAGCAAGUGUUUAAAGACUGUAUCAGAUUUUGGUGAUUUGGAAAACAUCACAGUCACACCUGGCAACUCAGAAUACAUUGUGGACAUGAUUGAGGAUCUGUUAAAUGAACAAACUGGUCUGAGUAAUGCUCAGCUGGACAUCAUGCUGGAAAAACUCUCCGAGGUCACUGAGGUGGGAAACUUGACCCCAGAUCUGUCCAGCAGCAUCACUAACAUAGUUUCAGAAAUCUGUUACAUCUCAACUAAUCUCACCCAGGUCACCAACAAAAUUCUUUCCAUUACAGACCUUAUGGGAGACAGAACGGUGUUUGCUGGAGAUGCUCAUAACAUGACAGCACCUUCAUUAGCACUGCAGCUGAUCAACCCUGACACCUCUCAGUUCCAUGGCCUCACGUUCGAGGUCUUCUCUGUACAGAACGAUGGCACCCCUGAGAUAUUUUACGAUGAAAACUUUACAGAGAACCCAGACACAGGAACCGUAGCUUUCAUAUCAUUACCUCCAACAAUUGAGAACUUUUUCCCAAACAGUGGAGCCAGACCUCGUGUUCAGUUCCAUUUUUACGGCAAAGAAAAAUUAUUUGAGGACACAUCAAGCAACCUGACGCUGAACUCUUAUGUAGUGUCUGCCAGUGUCACCAAUGCCACAGUGAGCGAGCUUGAGAUCCCAGUGAUGGUCACUCUCCGCCAUCUCCAAAACAAAGAGAACUGGGACACAGUAAAGUGUGUCUACUGGGACUUCAACAAAAACGAUAAGAAAGGUGGAUGGAAUGAUAAAGGAUGUGAAAUGGUGAACUCUAACGCCACUCAAACCUCCUGUUCCUGUGACCACCUGACACAUUUUGGCAUCCUUCUUGAUAUCUCGAAAACUCCAAUAAACCCAAAGGAUGAAUGGGUUCUGACUAUAAUAUCGUAUGUGGGCUGUGGAACAUCCUCCAUCUUUCUUGGAGUCACGUUACUCACCUAUUUGGCAUUUGAGAAACUGAGACGAGACUACCCUUCCAAGAUCCUUAUUAACCUCUGCAUGGCCCUGCUAGGGUUGAACAUGUUGUUCCUGGUGAACUCCUGGUUUGCCUCUUUUAACAGCAAUGCCCUUUGUAUCACUGUAGCAGCCUUUCAACAUUACUUCUUUCUGGCUACCUUUACUUGGAUGGGACUUGGUGCAAUCAACAUGUAUCUGGCCUUGGUCAAGGUCUUUAACUCAUAUGUGCCAUCUUACAUCCUCAAGUUCUGUGCAGUUGGAUGGGGUAUACCUUUGUCGGUUGUAAUUUUAGUGCUAGCCAUCGAUUUCAAUUCAUAUGGCACCAGCCUCUCCCCAGACCUUCUCCAAGAAUCUGCUGCUUUCUGCUGGUUUAAGAAUGACGUGACCUUUUACGUGACGGUGGUUUCGUUCGCCAUCCUGAUCAUGGUCUGUAAUAUCAUCGUGUUUGUCGUGGUACUGGUACAGAUCCACAAAAUGCGGGUCAACAAGCCUUCCAGCAGCAGAAAAGGGUUCCUGCAUGACCUUCGAGUGGUGGCCAGCCUCACCUUCCUGCUGGGACUUACCUGGAUACUAGUCUUCUUCGGCUGGGGCGCAGCUAAAACACCCCUGAUGUACCUGUUCUCCAUCCUCAACAGUCUUCAAGGUUUCUUUAUCUUCCUGUUUUAUUGCCUGAUGAAAGACAACGUUAGAAAGCAGUGGAGGAUGCAUCUCUGCUGUGGAAGAUUCAAACAGUCUGAAUACUCAGACUGGAGCCGUUCUGUGCCAAAGGGGGACAAAGGGAAAGGUGGUCUACAAGUCUCAUCAUCCAUGAAGUCAGAAACUACCAGUGAAAGGAAGAUCUCGGAUACCUCAAACACAGGGACCAGCAAUGAUGGCUCUUUCCUGAAACAAGAGAGAAAACAAUGAGGAA